UCCCCCAGCCUCCGGCCUUGUGACACAUCCCGGGUCCUUCCCGAGGCGGCAGCAGCUGCGGAACAGCGCUAGCCUCCACCUCCGCGGGAGCCGCAAGCCCCGGCUCAGCCUCCUCGCCGACCCCGCGGCUGCUGCAGCAGUCAUGGCUGCUGAUGGGGUGGACGAGCGCUCGCCUCUGCUGUCAGCAUCCCAUUCGGGAAAUGUCACCCCUACGGCCCCGCCGUACUUACAGGAAAGCAGCCCCAGAGCCGAACUCCCACCUCCAUAUACAGCCAUUGUCAGCCCUGAUGCCAGUGGUAUUCCAGUAAUAAACUGCCGCGUGUGCCAAUCUCUCAUCAACUUGGAUGGCAAGCUUCACCAGCAUGUGGUUAAGUGCACGGUUUGCAAUGAAGCUACGCCAAUCAAAAACCCCCCAACAGGGAAGAAAUAUGUUAGAUGCCCUUGUAAUUGUCUCCUCAUUUGUAAGGACACAUCUCGGCGAAUAGGAUGUCCGAGACCUAACUGUAGACGCAUAAUUAACCUUAGCCCAGUAAUGCUUAUUUCUGAAGAACAGCCAGCUCAGCCUGCACUGCCAGUCCAGCCAGAAGGUACAAGGGUCGUGUGUGGGCAUUGUGGAAACACAUUCCUGUGGAUGGAACUGAGGUUCAACACUCUGGCAAAAUGCCCACACUGCAAAAAAAUUUCCUCAGUGGGUAGUGCACUUCCACGAAGACGCUGCUGUGCGUAUAUCACCAUUGGAAUGAUAUGUAUUUUCAUUGGAGUUGGAUUAACUGUUGGCACCCAAGAUUUUGCAAGGCGAUUUCAUGCAACCUAUGUUUCUUGGGCAAUUGCUUAUCUCUUAGGUUUGAUCUGCCUUAUCCGAGCUUGUUAUUGGGGAGCCAUAAGAGUGAGUUACCCAGAACACAGUUUUGCAUAAGCUUGCUUAUAAUUCAGUGCUGCUGGUGAGAGUAUCUAGCAGUUCUUGAUAAGCUACUCUGGACAUCUUUGAAUCAUUCAUCCUAAUGGAUUCCAUUCUGGUUUCUGUAUUAAGUUUCAAGACUUUGGGAGUAUUUUAUGAACAAAUGCUCAUUGCACUACAUUAUAUGCAAAUAGUUUGUUUUGCUGCUAGGUUUUCAGGCUCCGAAUAAUAAAACUGUGUCUUCAUGUUCUUUUACAUCUCUUAAAGAUAUUUUUGGAUUUGUCACCAAACAUUACAUAUAACAUCACCCUUCCAUUAUUUUUAAGUCAGUUAUUCCAUUACUUGCUGAUCUGUGAGUAUUCCCAAGGAGUGUUUAUAAAUGUUUCUACAAUAGCUUCACAUUUGUACUCACAUUUUAAUUAAACGGUAUCAAAAUUGCUUGCUUUAAAAUCUAAGCAAUAUGCAUUUUGCUUGAACUGCUUACUGUAACUUUAACCUAAGAUCAUAGUGACCUUAUUCAGGAAAAAAAAAUUGAGUGUACCUUCAAAGACUUGACAUUCUUGUCAGAUAAAAACCAUUUCUAGAUACUGUAUGCUUGUUUUUUGUUGUUUGUAGAAAGAUACAAUAUUUUGGUAGUAAUUUAAAAUACAAGAAUGAAAUAUUUAUUUGUCCACAGUUGGAGAUAAUGUUGGAUAAGUGUUUUUUCUCAAAGAUCACAGGACUUUUGUCUUUCAUUUUUGUCUGCUUUUUUAUUUACUAAUUAUAAAAGUUCUAGUCUAGAUUUAUGAAAUUUAAUGUUAAUCAGCUGUAUGUUUUCCUUUAUAGAUCUUGGAGGAAGUAUUUCACAUAACAUGUUUUAUAAUACUUAACCAUUUAAACAAAGAUAUAUUUACACUGGGUUGCCCCCCUUUGCAUUAGAUCACGGUAAAUUUUUCUUAUUGGGCCAAUUAUAGACUACUUAUAUGAGAAGAGAGCCUAUGACAUUUUACACUAGCUAAAAUGUUGAGAUUAGAGGUAUUUACUCUUACCAUUCUUCUCAAAUAUAGCUGGUCUGAUAGUUACCCAAUUUAUUCAAGAAAGUAGAUCAAAGACAAAAAGCAACAUAGUUUUCUAAGAAUUCACUAGGAUUUAAGGAAUCAGCUCUUGCACUGCCCGUCUUUGCAGUUUUGAAAAAGAAAUUGCUUAAUUGAGAAAUAAUGUUCUAAAGCCUUUAAUGUAGUAGAAUUAAGAUAAAGAGAUAAUAUGAGUAAAUUAAUUGGCUAUUCCAGAGAUAAGAGUAAUAAUUUAAAUUAUUUAUGUUCCUGACUAGUAUAAAAAUGUACUCAUCAGAGAAUUUGGAGCAAAAUACUUGUAAACUUCAAAGAGUAAAUGAUAAAUGUCUAAAUGCAGUAGCUCAGGAUUAUAUGUACCUUAGAAAAUACACUAAUAAAGAUUAUUGUUCAAAACUACCUUGUUAUAUUCCAUUUUUUAAAAAUAAGAUCGUGUUUCCAAAAUUGCCUUGAGUUAUUCCUCUAAAGGAGUUUUCAUGUUUAAGAACAUAUAUAAUGUUUCUUUAUAUAAUAUUCACUUAUGUUUUUUCUAGUAUUUUCAUGGUUUCAUUUUAAAAGUACAGAUUUUAAAUCUCUUUGUAAUACUUUUGAUGUAAGGUAUGAAAUAAGAAUCUAAUUUAUUUCUUAAUGGUUAGCUAUUUGUAACAGCAUUAUAUAUCGAAUAAUCCAGUCUUUUCCCACUAAUUUGAAAUCCCACAUUAAAUUAUAUGCUGCAUGAUCAUUUUCCUUUUGGACUAUAAUUCCAUGAUAGCAGGAACUUUGGUGGUCUUGCUCACUGCUUUAUCUUCAGCAUUUAGAACAGUACCUGCAUUUGUGUUCAAUAGAUAUUUGUUGCAUGAAUGAAUAAAUGAUUGAAUGAA